AUGGCGGAGGAGUCACUUGAAAGUUCUUCAGCCAAAGCUCUUGUUAGUUUGCGAGAAGGGAAAAGUUGUUACAAAACUCCCCCUCGACGAGGCAACGUGAGUAUAUCGAGCCGGUUUUACACGCCUCAAAGAAUCAGGAAAAAGAACUCGAGAUUCUAUAAUGAAGAAGAAGAAACUGGUUAUCUGACAAGAACCCCAAAGAAGCAGGCCAAAACUCCAACAUCAUCCAGUGCAUCAUCUUCACAUAGUAAGAUCACUUGUACCCCUGAUAAGAAAACAUCUUAUGCAAUUGGCAUACGGUUGCGUAAUUUACUCAAGUUACCAAAAGCAUACCGAUGGGUCUGUUAUGAAUGGUUCUAUUCAAAUCUUGAUAUGCCUUUAUUCCAGGGUGAAAAUGACUUUUGUAACUGUUUAAAAGAAUCUUUUCCUCAGUUGAAAACAAAACACUUGAGGAGGGUUGAAUGGUGUAAAAUUCGGCGUCUUAUGGGUAAACCACGCAGAUGUUCCGCAGCUUUCUUGCAAGAGGAACGAGAUACACUCGAGCAGCGGCGUAACAAGAUUCGCUUAUUGCAACAGAGAAAAUUGGGGGAACUCACCAGUUUUAAGGAUUUGCCUGAAGAAAUUCCAAUGCAUUUAGUUAUUGGGACUAAAGUAACUGCUCGUUCAAGGAAGUUGCAGGACGGACUGUUUACUGGAUGUGUUGAAGCUCUGGAUACUGUGAAUAAUACUUACCGGGUGACAUUUGAUCGGCCUGGUUUAAGGACACAUUCCAUUCCAGAUUAUGAAGUAUUAAGUACAGAACCCCAAGAGACUACACCAUUGUCUGCAUUCCAACAACGACAUCGGUCCAGAUUAACAGUUGUUUAUCCACCUCAAUUUGUUCCUGGCAUUGGUUCACCUAACACUCACUUGGAUAAUGAUCCUCUUCUUAGUGGCUCUCCUGUCAAAGGCCGAUUGAUGAGUUUAGAAGGAGAGACAUAUGGUGGAUUUCCAAUAAAAUUUUUAGUGCUUGUGACCAAAUUAUCAAAAAUCCUUUUGAUAAAAAAAGAUUGGAUUCGACAAUUAAGAGAAAUGAAUAGCCAAGCAGAAAAGUUGGAAUCUUUGCAGCAACCAAUCACAUUUGAAUUCCAAAGGAAAUAUGCUGGCAUUGUAUUGGAGCUUGAACAUCUUAAUAAAGACUUACAAGAAUAUCUAAAUGGUGUACAGCAGUUUUGCCAGAAGAUGGCUCCAGAGCAAGGCUUAACUGCCAUUGAUCAGCCCUCUGAGAUCAAACGUCGUUGUGAAGAAGAAGCUCAAAAAAUGGUUCAGAAAGUCAGUCAAAGUCUUUGGAAAUGUGUCAAAAAUGAGCAAAUGCUGAACUUGAUUGUUAGUUUAACUUCUCUUAUGCUCCAAGUGAAGACAUUUGCUGAGAAUGAUUUCAAUUCUUUUGAAUUCCGAUCCCUUCAAGACAGUUUGAAUGACAUAAAAAAGAAUUUGGAUGGUAACAAUAUCAAUUCUUUUCAAAAUAAUGUGGAGAUUCAUAUCAAUCAUAUCCAGAGUGGCCUCAGUCAGAUGGGUAACUUACAUGCUUUCUCUACAACCACCACCACCACAAGUACAACCACCUGCAACCCUUAA